GUAUAUCAGUAAUUUCGAACACCCGCACACAGAAUUUUUAAAUCGCACUCCCAAACGGUCCCCAAAAUUUGAAUUCCAAAACCUCAUCACGGUCGAUCCCCCUUCCUCAAAAUCUCUCUUCCCCUUCAUUCAAACAACCCUUCUCUCUCUCUCUCUCUUCCUGCAAAUCCACGCUCUAUUUUCCUUCACGUCCAUCUUCACUAAGUUCCUCCUCAAAACCCUAGACCUCGACACAGUCCACACAGCCCCAAACAAUGCCGUUCAUUACGGAGGCCGCGAGUGCGAUCAAGAACCGGCUCGGCUUCCAAGACCAGUCUUCGGAAUCCUCGAUGCCCUCGGUCCGGAGCUCCCCGGACCUCCUCUUCAAGUCGGCCUCAGCGGUCCGGAUCGCAGGGGAGAGGGAUGAAAACGGCGAGGGGACUGUGAACCGGAGUUUCGAACUGAGCGAAGACCCGUCUUUCUGGAAAGACCACAAUGUUCAGGUUAUAAUAAGAAUACGUCCCUUGAGUAGUGCUGAGAUAUCAGUGCAAGGAUACAGCAGAUGUGUUAGACAAGAUAGCUGCCAGACAAUUACUUGGACUGGGCAUCCGGAAUCGCGUUUUACCUUUGAUCUUGUUGCAGAUGAGAAUGUUAGCCAGGAGAUGCUAUUUAAAUUGGCUGGUGUGCCUAUGGUGGAGAACUGCAUGGGAGGUUACAAUAGCUGCAUGUUUGCCUAUGGCCAAACUGGAAGUGGAAAGACUCACACAAUGCUUGGGGACAUUGAGGGAGGCACCGGAAGGCACAGCGUCAAUUGUGGGAUGACACCCCGAGUCUUUGAAUACUUGUUUUCUAGUAUUCAAAAGGAAAAGGAGGCACGCAGGGAAGAAAAGUUAAAAUUCACGUGCAAAUGUUCUUUCUUAGAAAUAUAUAAUGAACACAUUCUCGAUCUUUUAGAUCCAUCAUCCACCAAUUUACAGAUAAGAGAAGACACCAAGAAAGGGGUUUAUGUGGAUAAUCUCACCGAGGUUGAAGUUUCAAGGGCUCGAGAUGUGAUUCAACAACUUGUACAAGGUGCAGCAAACAGGAAGGUGGCUGCAACUAACAUGAAUCAUGCAAGUAGUCGUUCUCAUAGUGUGUUUACAUGCAUCAUUGAAAGUAAGUGGGAAUCUCAGGGCGUAACUCAUCAUAGGUUUGCUCGGCUUAAUCUUGUGGACUUAGCCGGUUCUGAAAGGCAGAAAAGUUCUGGUGCUGAAGGGGAACGUCUAAAGGAAGCUACAAAUAUCAAUAAGUCUCUUUCAACAUUAGGGCUUGUUAUUAUGAACCUUGUGAAUAUGUCUAAUGGGAAAUCACUCCAUGUUCCCUACCGCGAUUCAAAGCUUACAUUUUUGCUUCAGGAUUCUCUGGGAGGGAACUCAAAAACAAGUAUAAUUGCAAAUAUUAGUCCAUCUACUUGCUGUUCGUUAGAGACUCUAAGCACAUUGAAGUUUGCACAACGGGCUAAAUUCAUCAAGAACCAUGCUAUUGUGAAUGAAGAUGCUUCUGGUGAUGUACUUGCCAUGCGGGUGCAGAUCCAACAACUUAAGAAAGAAGUAUCUCGGCUGAGAGGUCUAGCCAACGGUGAAGUUGAAAACCAUGAAAGUGAAGCCUUGACAGUAUCCUUUCCAGGUUCUCCAGGAUCCUUUAAGUGGGAAGGCCUACAUGGAUCACUCAGUCCUCUUAUUUCUGAUAAACGGGUGUCACAGAAGAAGGAAUAUGAAGUAGCCCUUGUUGGUGCUUUUCGAAGGGAGAAGGAUAAAGACACUGCUUUGCAAGCUUUGGCUGCUCAACAUCAGGCAGCUAUGCAGUUGGCCAAACAGCGAGAAGAUGAGAUACAAGGUUUAAAAAUGAGAUUGCGGUUUCGAGAAUCUGGGAUAAAGAGGCUUGAGGCAGUUGCUUCCGGAAAGAUAUCGGCUGAGACACAUUUGUUAAAAGAAAAGGAGGAGCACUUGAAGGAAAUAGAGGUCCUACGUUCCCAGGUAGACAGGAACCAGGAAGUGACCAGAUUUGCCAUGGAAAAUUUGCGGCUAAAAGAAGAAAUCAAAAGAGUGAAGUCUUUUUAUGAAGAAGGUGAACGGGAGAGGAUGAAUGAGCAGAUCAUGAUAUUACAGAAUAAGUUGCUAGAAGCCCUCGAUUGGAAACUUAUGCAUGAAUCAGAGCCCUCCAUCAUUCAGAAAGGAAAUUCAAACAUGGCAACUGAUAUGCAUGGAGAUGGUAACUUACUGGUAUCCUCACAGGGGGCAGGAUCACCUUGGCGCCUGAAUGACGAAAAUGAGUUCCUCCGCAUGCAGGCUAUUCAAAACCAAUCAGAGAUUGACAUGCUACGGAAGAAACUGGGCUUCUGCCUUGAAGAGAAAGACAAUUUGGAAAGGAAUGUUAACGACCUGGUAACAAAACUAGAAGCAGAGAAAUCUUCAAAACCGCAGGAGGACGAUACACAAAAAUCGCAAUUUGAGCUUCCCAAUAUUGCUCCGAAUGAUCACAUAGAGCUUCAGACGAUGGUUGAUGCCAUUUCAGGUGCAAGCCAAAGAGAAGCAGAAGCUCAUGAAACAGCAAUUAUCUUGGCCAAAGAAAAUGAAGAAUUGCGGAUGAAGCUUAAGGUCUUAAUUGAGGACAACAACAAACUGAUAGAACUGUAUGAACACGCAGUUUCUGAGAGAGCUGACAAAGGCAUGGAUGAAGUUCAGAACAGUCAGGAAUACAAGGAAGAUCACUGUAAUCAUUUCGGUGAAUUUGCUGAAGAGAAGGAGCUAGGGGGGAAAAGAGAAGUUGAGAACUUAGAGCAUCAACUUAUGGAAAUGCAUGAAGAGAAUGAGAAAUUAUUGGCACUGUAUGAGAAAGCCAUGCAAGAACGGGAUGAAUUCAAAAGAAUGUUUUCUUCUGGAGGACAAAAUAUCGUUGAAACUAAAGGAGAAUUCAGCUGCCCUGAAAAGCUUGUUGAAGUGGAUGGAGGCAGAACUCUUGAGUUAGAGAAAACCAACACAUCAGAUGAACGUGAAAUGCAGGAAACAGAUUUCCCCAACUUGGAUGCACAGGAUGGGUCCCACCCAUGCAAUGAAGAUCCUCGGGAAGAUACAGAGAAUGAUCUUAUGGACGUUGAAGAUGAUUCUGACUCAGAAAAGAAGUCCCUGGAAAUCAAUAUGACAAAGGUGUCUGAAGAUUUGGGUUUGGUUAGAAUGAAGCUGGACAUAGCCCAAGAGAAACUUCUAAAUUCCGCAGAAACUCUCAGUUCAUUUGUGUCACUUGAGAAGACAAUUGCUGAGGUUGAUGAUCUAUCUAAAGAAAUUGAAGUUAUAGAAGAUGCCAUUCAGACGAAGCAGCAGGAAUAUGCAUCCCUCAAACUUAUUUCUUGUGAUACGCACGAAAGAAGAGAUCUAAUUGAUAGAAAAUUGAUGGCUCUCAAAUACUCAUUAUCGAGCUUUUCUUCUUCAGUUGGUUACUUUGAGCAGCGUGAAGUUCAAACAAGGGAAAGAUUCAAUGCCUCUUUGUCUUACUUGGAUCGCAAGAAAGAGGAAUUAGCUUGUCUUCAAUCGCGUAAGAAUGAAAUUGAGGAUGCUAAGAAAAAGUUCCGACAGCUUGAAGAUGAAUUGACAAACAACAUUGCGCAUUUGAAUUCAAAAAUAGAAGAGGAGAACCUAAAACGAGAAAAUGAAAAGGUUCUUUUUGCAAUUGAUAAUCUUGAGAAAACAGCUGUUAUCCAGUCUCAAAGAAACUGGCAUUUGAGUGGUAAGGCUACUGAGUUACUCAAGUCUGAGGAAGAGAAGACCAAGGCACAAAUUGAGAUGAUACAAGCGCGAGAAAAGCUUGGAAUCAUGAGAAAGGAAAGUGAAGACUUGAACAGGAAAUUUAAGAAAGUGGAGAGUGAAAUGCAGGUUGUUGAAACGGAGGUACAAAAGGGUUUGAAUUCUGUGGAGGAGAUGGAGCACAAGCUUCAGACCGUCGUUCAAGAAAAAGAGAUGGUGUUGGAGAUGAAGGAGAAUGGAAGCAGUGAAGCUGAAAAUAUGAUUCUUGAGUACCAUCAAAGGACAUUUGAAGCAGAUUUGAAAGAGGAAGAGGUAAAGAUCUUGGAUGAAGAAUUGCAGCGAGAACUUGACCGAGUAACAAAGUUACAGAAAGCAAAGGCUGAAGCUAAUGAGAAGAAGAGCCAACUCUUGGGGUUCGUGAGGUGCGAGUCAUGCUUGGAAGAGAUCCAAGAUAUUAGGAUGUCAAUUCAGGAGUUGAAGUCAUUACUUGGGACCUGAAAUGUUGAAACUUUGGUUUUCGCUGUCUUCACCCAGUGAGCCAAACUGGGUAGUUUCUGCAUUCUUCUUAAGAAUGCCAUGCACUGAUGAGCUGGGCAAUGUAACUUCUUUUUGAUGUAGAUGGGUAAAUUCUCCUCUGCCAUUUUUUGGAUUCUUAUCAUAUUGAUAAGAAGAGGGAAAUAACAUUUUAGACAAGGUGAUCUGAUGUUUAUAAGCGUACCUGAACCUUCUGUUCAUGGUUUAUGUAGCUUUUGUGGUGUAACUAUUCCGUGGUCAUUGCGUCAUCUUUUUUUUGUCAACACGUGUAUUAUUAUUAGUUUUUUGAUAACUCAGGUGUCUAGGUCACCAACCACACACCUAUCUCAAAAGCCUUUCUUUGAAGAGUGAAUUUUCACCGAUGAAA